GUACACAUACCUUUCUUGGGAGCAGCAUGGAAAACCCAAUGAUAAACAGGCUUUUAUCCUGUGACAGUGGCUUUAGCUACAUGAGAAACCAGGAAGUGUAAUGCAGAGCCUGCAACAGAAGUCACCUUACUAUGUGUAUAUUGACGAGUCUGUCUGCGGCCAGGAAUUGAUUCCAUACAUGUAUCUCUGUAUCUCAGGGCACCAGUGAUUACUGUAACAGCUUGCAGGGAGGAGGGUCUCAUUCUCUGCUUCUUGUAGACACACUAAUCCAUCUGGCCUUUUGUGUUCCGUUUGCAGGGGCCUGACAUGCAUGAAAAGGUGCCUUCAGCGGAGUCUCUUUGUCCAGCCAGCCAGCCUUGGGACACGGCAAUCCAGUCCUUUGAAGGAAACGAGCGCUCGUAAUGCUACAUUGUCACAUUAAUGUAACAGACUGAAAGCCUCGGGUGGACGACACAGAGGAAUGAUGCAGAGGAGGCCUGGGACAUUAAAUGGCUAGUAAUGGCCAAAUUUACACGCUGCAGCUAGCUAUGCUAAUUAGAUUUGACCAUAGUCGGGUACGCUGGGGAUAAAUCCCUAACUGGAAGUGCUAGCGAGAAAAUAUCUAUGCGCAAAAGCAGCCUCUGUCCGCAGUGUCGAGGAGCAGAGCAGCGAGGUUUGGUUCGUAGUGGGCAGCCAUGUUGGAGGAUGCAGCGCAGAAGUGGCACCCAACACACGUUCAGGUUACAGUGUUGCAAGCCCGAGAUCUCCACCCCAAGGGGAAACAUGGCACCAACGAUGCCUACACUAUCAUCCAGCUGGGCAAAGAGAAGUAUUCCACCUCCGUGGUGGAGAAGUCUCUCAGCCCCAUGUGGAAAGAAGAAGCAUCAUUUGAGCUGCCGGGGCUACUGGUGCAGGACAAUCCGGAGCAGUACCAGCUGCAGCUUACAGUCAUGCACCGCUCCUUGGUCGGCCUGGACAAGUUCCUGGGGCAAGUAUGUAUCAACCUAAACAGUAUCUUCGAGAACAAGGAGAGACGAAAGACAGAAUGGUUCAAACUUGAAUCUAAACAAGGAAAAUCCACGAAGGACAGAGGGCAUCUUAAAGUCAGUAUCCAGUUUAUGAGGAAUAAUAUGACUGCCAGUAUGUUCGACCUCUCCAUGAAGGAUAAGACGCGAUCUCCCUUUGCUAGGCUGAAGGACAGAAUGAAAGGAAGGAAGCCAGAUGGGUCUGUGUCCGACACAUCAUCAGCCAUUAUCCCUAGCACAAGUGGUCUGCACCACGGUCAGGAAUCAAGCAGUAUGGACAUACAAGUCAAGAGCAAGCCGAAAAAGCCAUUUCUCAUAGGACCUCAGCGCCUGUCCUCUGCUCACUCCAUGUCUGACUUGGCUGUUCCACAAGCCUUGCGAUCGGGCAGCGGAGGACUUCCUGGUAAAGAACCCCUUGAUUCAAUCAGCUCAGCAGAUGAAGGUGGAAACCUCAAAUCACCUCACCGGAGGACAAUGAGUGCUGACACCUCUCAAACCAGCCCUGAGACGACUGCACCCGCUGAGGGAGAACGGACCACAAGAGCACCUGGACCUGCCCCGAGUGCCAUACCUGUACUCCCCCAGAAAUUUGCCACACUGCCCAGGCAAUGGGCCCCCUACGAAGACCAUAGCGAGCUACGUGGAAGCCAUACAGCUGGAGGCACAUCUUUGGGCUUGUUCUCCAAAUCAUCAGAAGGAAAGAAAGACGGCAAAAAAAAGGACAAAGUCAGUCUUUUCGACAGAGUAACUGGUAAAAAAGAAGGAAAAAAGUUUGAGAGGCAGAACCAAGAGGACUGGGGAUCAGAAAACAGUGUUAAUCAACCUCCGGCUUCUGGAUCCACAAAUCCAUUUUCCACCAACUUCAGGAUGGGAAGUCAGGUUCCAGAACAACGCUCACAUUUAAGGCUUUCAGGCUCGGAAGCACAAAUGGAGAGUAACAUGCGAGGAGCGGAGAUCUACCAAAGCCAUGGAAAACACGAGCAGAAUCCUUUUGGUGGAGGUGCCAGCGUCUUCAGUCACUUGACUCGUGGCGAAGUGGAACGGGAGUUACUCAAGCACAAAGAGCUUUUGAAGAAGAAAGAUUUUCACAUUCGAGAGUUGGAGAAUUACAUUGAUGACUUGUUGGUGCGGGUAAUGGAGGAAACCCCCAGCAUUCUGCGUGUGCCAUACGUGCCUUCCAGGAAAGCUGGAAAAUUCACCCAGAACUAGAGUCUCUGAUCACACUGGUAUCACCAAUGCCAUUUGCAGCAUAGGACUGGUUUUGCUGUAUCUCCUGCCAAAGUGGUCCCAACCGAUGGAAGGAUGUGAGGCCUUCUCAAAUACCUUGGUACUUCCAAAUGUCUUUCCAUGAGUGGAAUAAUAAUGAGCCACUCCUUGUUCAGAUGUGUUGGCGAAUGGAAGAGAGAGUUAUAUGGUUCGAAUGUUUAAAGAAUAGUGCUAGGAACAAUGUAAUCAUUUAGUUAUCUGAUCAGUCCAAAUAUGGUGCUUCAGACAACUCAUUGACUUAAUAUCAAAUCUCCUGGCCUGAGAUUUCUCUUCCCAAGUGUUCAUUGUGUUAUUUAAUAGUGUUAUUGUUCCCUUUUUUUUCCCAGGUGAAGAUUUCUAUGCACUAUCUAUUAAUAGUCACGUCUUUUAAUUGACAUGAUUUUAUUUCCAAAAUUCAAACUAUUGAUGAUACUAUCCUUCAGAGAUCUUCACCAAAUGCAUGAAGGAAAAUUAGCAACAUUUCUACAUUACUGCAAUCAUAUUUCAGACACCUGAU